AUGACGUCCCAGCAGGCUUCGUCCAAACCAGACCCUCCAUCCCCGUCAGCGUCCUUCUACGACCUCUCCGAUGACGAAGAAGGGGGAUAUAAUACCAUCACACACACUUCUACCACAAGAGGUGUCAAGCUGCUUUAUUCCAAGAGCAAGGUCUAUGUACACCCCACGCCGUCCGCCAAAGACAACAUCCCCGGCUUCAUCGCUCUCGUCCAACAGAAACCCGCGCCGCUGUCCCCCGAUGAUCGACCCAAUUCCUCAGACUCGUCCGGAAAGAGAACAAAUGCUGCUUCAUACCUUCUUGCCUGGGUUCCAGAGGCCUCUCUGGCCCAGGACGAGCUCAGCGCCUAUGUCAAGGUGGACUUGAAGGACGGCGAAUCACCUCCCAAACAGACCUACCUAGUCCCUCCGCCCCCGGUUGCGACAUCCUUUGAGGAAUCCCCGGUCGGCCCAUAUUCCUUCUCGCUCCCCCUGUCCAGCAUCUACUCCAUUCACGUUCGUCCUCCAAGUCUAGGCUGGUGGUAUGGUAGUAUAGUCGUCAAUACCCGUGCAGGAUCGAGCCUCCCCGCUCUAUUCUUCCACGAUUCUGAGUGUGAAAGCACCAUUCUACAAAAGAAGAAAAGGGCCCGGGAGUCUUUCGACCCUUUUGGCGAGAGUGGAGAGUUAUUCUGGGGUGGGGACGAGGUUAUACGCUGGCUCAAGAGAUAUGUAAUGGUGGAACGGAGCACUGCUGAGCCAUCCAUCUAUCUAAUAGACCCGUCCGAGGAGGACCGGCUUGGUUUUGGUCAGGGUCGAAAAUCACUGGAAGGCAAACACCAAACCGUCAAUCCCGACAUGAAGAAACCUAAUCAGAAAAAUCCGCCUGGGCCAGGCAUGGAUCCGCUCACCAAAGCGCUCAAGGAGACAAGAUGGAAGAUAUUGGAGCAGUUAUCUAAAGUCACCACCUUUACACGGCGGACUGCGGAAGAUCUUGCUAACAACAAGAACAUCCCUCCUCAAGUGCGUCGCCUCAUCCAAAACCCUGAAAUUCAAACCCUCCAAGAUGAAUUCGACAGUGCCAAGUUAUACCUGGCGAGGUGGGCCAUGACUAUCGCAGAGCAAAGUGAGCGAGAGAAGAGGCAGAGAAUCUGGACGGCAAGGGACGCCUUAGACUCGGAGGAAACCAGUGUGGGAGACUUCGAAAUCCUCGACAUGGAGGCUGGGAAGAUGACUCUGGCGGACAGCAAGAGAAGACCGGUCAACCUGGAAGAGUGGGAGUCGUUCUUCGACUCCAAGGGUAGACUGCAGGUGACUGUGGAUGAGGUCAAGGAGCGAAUAUUCCAUGGCGGCCUCGAUCCCGAAGAUGGGGUGCGAAAGGAAGCCUGGCCAUUUUUGUUGGAGGUCUAUGGCUGGGACAGCACGGAGGAAGAAAGACACGCCUACAUGAACAGCAAGAGAGACGAAUACGUCCAACUGAAAGGGGCCUGGUGGGACAGGAUGAUUGAGGGAGCGGCCACUCCUGAACAGGAGGAAUGGUGGAAGGAACAGAAGAGUCGUAUUGAAAAAGAUGUCCAUCGAACAGAUCGACACAUUCCCUUGUUCGCAGGCGAAGACAUCCCUCACCCGGAUCCAAGCUCACCAUUCUACAGCCCUGAUGGUCCUGGUACUAAUGUACACUUGGAGCAAUUGAAAGACAUGCUCCUGACAUACCUGGAAUACGACACCCCCCCUUCUCCCACUACCUCCUCUGCGCCUCACUACCAAACCCGCAACCCUCAUCCUCAGAAUUUGGGCUACGUACAAGGCAUGUCCGACCUUCUUUCUCCUCUCUACGCCGUGUUCCAGGACGACGCGGUCGCAUUUUGGGCCUUCGUAGCCUUUAUGCGGCGUAUGUCUCGGAACUUUGUGCGCUCACAAGUGGGCAUGCGAGCCCAACUCAGCACCCUCGAUCAGCUGGUGCAGAUCCUUGACCCGAAGCUCUACGUUCAUCUCCAGGCCGCCGACUCAACCAACUUUUUCUUCUUCUUCCGGAUGCUGUUGGUAUGGUACAAGCGCGAAUUUGAAUGGAGUGACACUCUAAGGCUAUGGGAAUCUUUGUGGACCGACUAUUACAGUUCCCAGUUUCACCUCUUCAUUGCAGUUGCAAUUCUCGAGAAACACCGCGACGUUAUUAUGGACCACCUCCGCCACUUUGAUGAGAUUCUGAAAUACAUCAACGAGCUAUCUGGUACUAUUGAAUUACAGGAGAUCCUAUUCCGGGCGGAAGGGCUGUUCCGACGGUUUGAGAAGACCAUCGAGGCAGUGGACCGGAAGAACACCUUUCCGGAACCGAGUGGAGGGGAAUUGAGGCAGCGAAGGCCGGCUGACGACGCCGAUGGCAAGAAUCAAGACUCUUCAACAUCCGCCAUAGCUACCGGCACUGGCAACCCAUCGUCAACGGCAGCGGGCUCGUCGUCGACCCUUCGACAAGGUCUCCCGGCCCGGCCUCGUCAAGCACCCGCCCAACAGGCGCAAAAGGGGAAGGCAAAAGAAGUCGAGAAGAGAGCAGAACAAGUCGUGACGCCCGAACUUCGUCUGCUUCUGAGCCGGAAAAUCAUCACAUUCGACGACGAAGAAGCUGAUGUGGCGAAGCCAAGGGCCAGUGGAUUGAAGGACUAA